UAUUUAAAAUAGCAUAGGUGGCGUUCCCUAGUCUACAGUUGUUUUCCUUUGUUGCUGUUGCAUUUGUUUGCAGCUCCCACUACAGAAUUACCAUGGAAGUCCGUGUUGCCCGAAACAAUGUGAGGAACAUCACCACUAGAACCAAAGCCAACGCCGGGCCGGCGCGCAGGGCUGUGUUGGGAGAGCUCUCCAACGUUCCCAUCGCGGCCAGGACUGAAACUGCUCCAGGCAAGAAGGUGGACCUCAAGCCUCGUCUCGCCGUUCAGCCAUCUCUGAGGGCCGACGAGGCCCUGGCGCUACCGCUACCGGUGGUUCCGGUUGAGAUCCAUCACGAUGUGUCUAUGAAGGAGGAGGAGCUGUGCCAGGCUUUCUCGGAAGCCCUGAUUGAGGACAUCGAUGAAGGUGACGGGGACCAGCCGCAGCUGUGCUCUGAAUACGUGAAGGACAUCUACGCUUAUUUGCACGGUCUGGAGGUGCAGCAGCCGGUGCGGGCCAAGUACAUGACUGGCUAUGACAUCAACGAACGUAUGCGUGCGCUGCUGAUCGACUGGCUGAUUCAAGUGCACUCCAGGUUCCAGCUGCUCCCUGAAACCCUGUACAUGACUGUUGCCAUCCUCGAUCGCUAUCUACAGAUUCAGCCGGUUUCCCGCCGGAAGCUGCAGCUGGUGGGGGUGACGUCCAUGUUGCUCGCCUCCAAAUACGAGGAGAUGUUCGCCCCCGAGGUGGGAGACUUCUCAUACAUCACAGACAACGCCUUCACCUGCGCCCAGAUCCGGGAGAUGGAGAUGCUCAUUCUCAGGGGCCUGAACUUUGAGCUGGGCCGACCCUUGCCCCUUCACUUCCUCCGGAGGGCCUCCAAGGCUGGCAACGCUGACAUUGAGAAGCACACGCUGGCUAAGUACCUGCUGGAGCUGACCCUGACUGACUACGAGAUGGUGCACUAUCGGCCCUCCGAGUUGGCCGCCGCCGCCUCCUGCCUCUCCCAGCUCGUGCUCGAGGGGCAGAAAUGGACCGCCACACAGCAGCACUACAGCACGUACGACGAGGCCCACCUGCAUCCCAUCAUGCAACACAUGGCCAAGAACAUAGUCAAGGUCAACGAGGGCCUCACCAAACAUGUGGCUGUGAAGAACAAGUAUGCCAGCCACAAGCUGAUGGCCAUCAGUCAGCUGGAGCAGCUCAAGUCAUCCGUCAUCAAGGACCUGGCGUCCUCCCUGUUGGCCAAAUGAGGACUCAAACGGAUUGACCUCUCCCUCUGCACUUUACUGUCCCGUGGCAAUCAACCAGCUACCUGAUUGGGCAGGCCCUGCUGCUUUUUAAAAGGUGUAAAUACUUUAAAUGGAAUAUACAAAUAAAAUGUGUCUUUUGGAUUAGAUUAUAUUAUUUCUUUUACCGUUUUACAUUUUAAUUGCUUUGGGUCUUUUUAAUGACUACUUUUUUCCAAUGUGUAUAUAAUCUGUAUGUACAAAUGAGUUUUAAAUAAACGAGACAAGCGUUCA